AUGAAACAAGUAAAUAAUAACAACUAGUUGUAAUAAUUAGAUCCAAUAGAGGUGAUUGAAAAUCUAGAAACAUUAAAAAAAGUGAUUAAAUAAAAGGAUACUUAAAUUAAAAAUAUGGAAACAGAAUUUUAGGAAAGAAUUAAUGCAUUUUAACUAGCUGUUGCAAAAGAUUAAGAUGGAUUAAAAUAAGACAUAAUUUAAUUUUUAUUAAAAGACAACGAAUAAUAAAAAAAGAUAGAAUAACUUCAUAUAAACUAUGAAUUGUAAACUUUAAUUUUAAUUACUUUUAGAUUGUAAAAUUAAUUAGAAGAGACAUUCAUAGAAUGUAACGACAAAAUAAAGACUUUACUUAAUAUAAAUGAUAAAAAAGAUCACGAAAUAGAGCAACUUAAAUAAUAAAUAAGAGAUACUGAAGAGAGAGUAAAUUAACUGAGGAAAAAUUCAAUUUCAAAAGAUCGAAAUUUAUAUGAAACAGAAUCAUUAAUCAAUAAAAAAGUGAUUGAUCUUUAAAAAAGAGAAUCUGAAUUGACAUUUAAAUUAAAACAAGCUUUGGAUAAAGUAAUAAUAAAUUCAAAUAUUAUUAGAAUGAGUAAUUGUAAAACUAUUUUGAAAAUUAUCAAAGUGAAAAGGAAGUUAAAUUAAUAAAAUAGGUUGAACACUUAAAAAAGUAGAAUAGUUCUUAAUUAAACAAUAUCUCAUCUAAUUAUGAAGAUUAAGUUAAAACUUCAAAAGAAGUUAUUGAACAAUUAUAAGAACAUAUUCUUAAUUAAAAAGAAAGAUUAUCUUAAAUUUAAGAUGAGAAUUAAAAAUUAAAAUGUGAGGUAGAAAUAUCAAAUGCUAAAAUUAAUUGUAAUUUUUUAUUUGAAAUUUAGAAUUAUUACUAAUAAUUGAUAAACUUUAGGAAACAGAAGCAUUACAUGAUAAAACAAGAAGAGAAUUUUAAUAGAUUGAAGAUGGUAAAAAAUCAUUAGAGAGAAAUUAUAAAUUGUAUAUUAAAUUAUUAUUUUUAGAGAAAUAUAAGCUUUAUAAAUUUAGUUAGAGGAAGCUACAAAAUACAUAGAUUUGACUACUAAUCUAUAAUAAAAUUUAAAUAAAAAAGACUAAAAUAUAUCAUAUUUAUAAACAGAAAACAAUUAAUUAUAAGAAUUAGUUUAAGAUUUGAGACUUUAAGUAUCAAGUGUUGAAUAACAUUUUUAAUAAAAUGUUGAUGAAUAGAGAAAAGCUAAUAUAUUAUUAUCAAAUAAAGAAUUUGAACUUUAAACAAUAAUUGAAAGCUAAGCUUAAAAUUUUAUUGAAUAGGAAUAAAAUUUAAAAUAAAGUUAUGAAGAAUUGAAAUUAGACUAUUAAAAUUUAUAAUAUGCUUAUGAAUUAUUAAAAUAGAAGAGUGGGGAAGAUUCAUUUAGAUUAAAGUUAUAUAAAACAACUGAAAAAAAAGGUAGUAGAACAAUUUUUGGAAAUUAAACAGGAAUGAUAACUGGUGAGAGAAAUGAUUAAAAUAACAAAGAAACAAUAAAAAUUGAUGAUGAAGGUUUUUUAAAGACUUUAGAAAGUUAUUAAAAAUAAGAUUAAGAAACAAAACAAACAAAUAAAAGAUUAGAUCGUAAUGUAUAUGUUAGAAGAAGUUGA